AUGGGACACAAUAAUUGUAACUUUGUAAAAGAGGCUGACAUCACUGAAUCAAGCAUAACUGUCCUGGUAAUCUUAGUAUCUGAGGCUUUUGUUGGGAUGUGGAUAAAUUUUUUCAUUGUGGCCAUGAAUUGUGUUGAGCAUGUCAAGCGCAGGUGCCUGUCCUCAAGUGAUAAUAUCUUGGCUGUCCUGGCAUUCUCAAGAUUUUGCUUCUUGCUCAAAACAACAUUACAGACUUUUUGCUCAACAUUUUUCCAAGAGCUCUAUUACCAGAACUCCGUGUUCCAAGCAUUCAGAGCUGUUACCUGGUUUUUGAACUUUUCCAAUCAAUGGUAUGCCGCCUGCUUGUGUGUAUUUUACUGUGUGAAAAUUGCAAACUUCAGCCACCCCCUCUUCAUCUGUCUAAAAUUUAAAAUCUCCAGGCUGGUGCCAUAGUUGCUCCUGGGUUCUGUGCUUUUAUCCUUUUCAACAGCCUCAUUUUCCAUGGCGUUCACCAUAUUCAUCAUUUCAGCCUUUCUGUUGUUGGUUUCUCUCUGGAAACACACCCGGCAGAUGCAAAACAACUCAAGCAGUGUCAGGAGCCCCUGCGUGGAGGCCCACAUUCAAGCAAUGAUAGCUAUCAUGUCUUUCUUCCUCAUCAGUAUUGUUAACUUUAUAGCUUUGCUGAUCUUGUUGACAAAUAUAUAUCAAGAAAUAUCUGCUGUGAGCAUUGCCUGUACAAUCAUUGUAGAUGCUUGUCCAUCAGUACAUUUCAUUAUCUUGAUUCUGAGCAAUCCCAAACUGAAAAAAAAAUUGAUUAAAGUUCUGCAUUAUGCAAAGUGCCAGGGAUGA